GACGACGACAAUGUGGAGAAUGAAGUUAGCACUUUUUUGUAGAUUUAAGAACAGCUCAAAUUCAACAUUUUUAAAAAAUAAUUUAUUGGAGCAAUACAAAAAUUUAAAUAAAACGAGAAUGGUUUCAACAGUUAUCACACCUGAAAAGUCGAAAGAAUGGAGAGAAGCGUUUUACAGCGAGCCAAAAAAUGUAUUGGCACAGAAUGUUUGUUCUAGAUUUGAUCCAUUUGAUGUAUGUCUUUCUCGUAAAAAUUUGCAAUGCGUAAACCAUGUUUUCCAAUACAAAGUCGAAAAUGAAGGGAAACCAAUAACACAUCAAAAGAGCAGUGGAAGGUGUUGGUUGUUUGCUGCUCUUAAUUGUAUUCGGAUUCCAUUCAUGAAGAAAUAUAAUUUAGAUGAAUUCGAAUUCUCCCAGUCUUAUUUGUUUUUUUGGGAUAAAAUAGAACGUUGUAAUUACUUUUUAAAUAACAUUGCAAAAACGGCUUCAAAAGAAGAAGUCGAAGGACGUCUUCUGUCAUUUUUAUUAAAUGACCCAACUUGCGAUGGUGGCCAGUGGGAUAUGUUAGUAAAUUUAAUAACAAAACAUGGAUUGAUGCCAAAGAAUUGCUUUCCUGAAAGCUUUAGUAGUGAAGCAAGCUUGCGAAUGAACCAAAUAUUGAAAAGUAAACUGCGGGAAUAUUCAAAAAUUUUAAGAGACACAUAUGCUGAAACUAAAGAUGAUACAAAAAUGCAGAAUAAAAUAAUUGAUAUGAUGGGGGAAAUAUAUAAAGUGGUUGGUAUUUGCUUAGGAAUUCCAUCAGAAACUUUCAAAUGGCAAUAUUAUGAUAAAAGCAAAAAUUAUAAUGUAAUUGGUCCAAUUACCCCAUUAGAGUUUUACGAAAAUUAUGUUAAAACCAUAUUCAAUGUUCAAGAUAAAAUAUGUUUGGUAACUGAUCCAAGACCAAGUAAUCAUUAUGGACAAGCUUACACGGUGGAGUGUCUUGGUAACGUUGUCGGUGGAAGACCAGUUCUUUAUAAUAAUCAGCCAGUUGAAUUAUUGAUGGAUUUGGUUACAGCAAGUUUGAAGAAAGGAGAACCAGUUUGGUUUGGAUGUGAAGUUUCGAAAAGAUUUGCAGCAAAACAGGGUAUCGAAGACUUAAUUAUACAUGAUUUUAAACUAGCUUUUGAUGUGGAUAUACAAAUCGGGCUUGGCAAAGCCGAUAGGUUGAUAUAUGGUGAAUCAGCUAUGACGCAUGCCAUGGUUUUUACAGCAGUUUCUUUAGACGAAAAUGGCAAGCCUGUUAAAUUUCGUGUUGAAAACUCUUGGGGUGAAGAACGUGGGGAAAAAGGAUACUUAGUAAUGACGAAUGAAUGGUUUAAAGAAUUUUUAUUUGAAAUUGUUGUUGAUAAAUCAAUUGUUCCUGAAGAGGUAUUAAAAGUUUUUGAUAUGGAUCCUAUUGUGCUUCCAGCAUGGGAUCCUAUGGGAACGUUAGCUAAAUAAAUAAUACCUCAAUAAUAACUGCUUUUUAUACCAAUUACAAAACGAUACUUCAAUAUGCAUGCCUUAAGCAAUAAGCCGUGGUGAAUAACCAAAGUUGCAUCAAAAUCAGAAUUCAAUAAUAAAAAGAAACUUCCAAGAUCUUUUUGGGUUAAGCAUUUAUUUAAAUGAGUUAUCUUUAACGUAUUUUAAAUUAAAUAAUUUUUGCGUUUUGUAAUGUAGUUUAUAAUAUUAGCAAUUUCUUCUAAUACGCUAUAAAAAUAGUUCAAUUAUAUAUAAAUAUAUAAAAUAUGUAAGUAUAUAGUCACUUAAACAAAAGUGAAAGUUAUAUGGAUACAAUAAAUAUUUUAUACUUUUCAUACAAUUUAUAUAUAUAUAUCCUGUAUUUUAAUAUAUAUAGUAAAUUGAAUAUUAUUGUAAUUAAUCCAAAAUAAAAGUAAAGUUUGAGUAAA